UCAGCAGGGACAUGCCCCUGGAAGCUCGUCUUCCCAGAAGAGGUUGUCGACAGCCGGUGAAGUCGCAUUUCUUGGUUCGCGUUAGAGCGACAACUGGGCAUCGCGGCGGUUGUAACUGGGUAGAACUCCAAAGGCGGGCCGAGCCACCGCGCUCCACUCUGUUCACUAUUAUUCAGUAUGGCUCCGCCAGCGACGUUGCCGUGUCUGGCGGUAGCCAGGCUCAAGUACAAGAGUCCUCACAAGCAGGACCUGACCUUUGCAAAGGGCGAGAAGAUCCGUGUCCAAUCCACCGCACCCAAGACCGAGGACAACCAGGACGAGGACGAGGAGGAAGAAGAAGAUGAAUGGUUCAUCGGGGAAAGCCUCGACGGGAGCCGCAAAGGCAUAUUCCCGGGCGGCCUCGUCAAUUUUCUCGAAGGAGAGCAGGAGGAACAGGUAGCAGCGGUAGUGGCAGCCAUUCCCACAGCAUCGCAGAAUCAGACUGAUUCUUCAGGGAAAGCCGAAUCCGACCCGCCAGCCAGCACGGAAGGAGUUCCAGCCUCAGUCGACCCUUCAAAUGAUGAGCAGUCCGUAUCGGUCGCCGCUGCGGCCGCAGGCGACAACAAGGUGCAAGCGAUUCCGGCAACGCAGGAGCCAGCCACAUCGCUUUCUCAGGAAAGUUCUGCUCCUGCAAAUUUCGCUUCUGUCAGAGAAACUUCAGAAGGGCAACACGUAACUUCACAGGACGUGGAGACCAACAUAAAUUUGACGCCCGCCACGCCGGCUCCGGCCCCUGUGCAAAGUUCAAACCCAAAACCAACACCAGCACCAGCUGUAGCUGCCACGAAUAAGCCCACUGUCCCACUAAAGAUCGGGAACUCGCUUCGGGAUCGAAUCGCUGCAUUUAACAAACCGCUGGACAGUGCUAACAACAACGGGAGCCAAGUUCCGCUUCCUAGACCUGCUGGAGGAGGAGGGUGGAAACGGCCUCCUCCGCCGCCUGCAGGCGAGAAGCCUCUUCUUCCUAUGCCCGGACAGCUUGGUGUGAACAAGCCGACACAGAUGCUGGCCGGUAUCAGGCAGAUGGCUGCUGCUGCCGCUCCUGCGAGGCCCGGACUUGGCGCCAGAACUGAAUCAGAAGAGAAAUCGCCCGAGAUCUCUGCAGCUGUGACUGCUUGCUCUCCAACCGAAGCGGCCAUCACGGAAGUUGCUAACGCCGGUGCCAGUGGCGGAUUCAGUGCUGCUGAUGCCAAGACGUCCAUUAAGAUGUCACUCAAGGAACGCAUGGCGGCUUUGCAGAGGGGUCAGUUGGGUAGUGCCGGCUCCGCUCCGGAUGGUUCCGCGGCAGCGGCAGAUACUGCAGCUGGUGCAGGUGCAGGGGGCUCGGAUGCAGAUGCGACACUUGGCCUUAGGACCAAGAGUCCCCCGCCGCCCUUGGCGCCGAAGCCUGGCAAGCUAUCCGCGGAGAGACGGACGGCUGCCAUGGCUGGUAUCGGCAUGGGCGUCGGUUUCGGCGGCGCUGCUGUAGCUGCUGGCACGGAGCCCGAAGAUAUCACAAGGCAGAAGAGCAGGGAUAGCAUCACCAGUGCCUCGGCUCGGUCUUAUGGGCUGGACGAGCCAGCGGCGACUAUGAAUGUAGUGGCUACCCCGAGCACCACUACUAUGGGCGUCCUCCGCGAUGAGCCUUUGCAAGUUGACGACGUCGCCGCUAUCGAAAGCGCUUCCUCUCAAACACAUGUCCAAGAUGGUGGUUCUGUGGUUGCGGCUGCGGAUGGCGAUGCAUCGCCCGAGUCAGCGCAAGUUCCAGAACGUACCCCGGAAGAGGAGGAAGCGGCGCGACGUGCGGCUAUUGCGCAGCGUAUGGCAAGGCUGGGUGGAAAACGGCUCGGCGGCGGACCUGCUACUGGCGCUGGUCCCGCUCUCUUCGGCGCACCGAUGCCCCCAAGGUCCAAGCAGACCUCCCUUUCGCCUACCCGCCCCACUUUUAUUGAGGGAACCACCCUCGAAGGAGGCGUAACGGAAGAAGCUGAUGGCGUCGCUGGAAAUUCGACUGCUGAUGCCCCAGCUAUAGGCGAGGCAGCUGAUAAUUUGACAUCUGCUGCCACGGCCACGGUAGCGCCUCAACAGCAGCAACAAUCGACCUUGGCGGUCCCUCGUCGGGCUGCACCACCUAGGCGUAAGAAAAGCGCUCCAAAAGAGCCGGAGCUGGAGCUCGGAGCGAACGCUGCUUCCCCUGCUUCCACUGCGGACGUGAGGGGGAAUGCGGAUACCGGCGAUGCUAUUCCUGAUCCUGCUGCAGUGGACUCUGCGGCGGCUGCAGAGACGCAGUCCGAUGCGUCUGCUUCCGUGACGAACGAUGUAGUUGACUCUACUCUAGAAGGGCCGCGCGAAGCUACUUCCGAAGCAACGGCACUUACAUCUGCACCUGAUCACGAAUCCGACACAAUGGACGGCCUCGGACUUCAGCGUCGUGGUUCAGGCAUCGAAGAUGCUAGCAGCACAGACGGCGGUGCAGGCACGUCCAUUACGCCUGUGAGCGAUGUCAACAUCCAGGAGUAUACACGUCAGCUGGAGGAAUUUGUCAAGGGCGAUGAGUCGGCGGUGGACGAGGCCGUUCUGCCGGAAGCGGAGCAGGUACACGAAGCAGCGACAGCUGAGCAUGGAGCUGCGCCGGAAGACGAGGCAGAAGGUGCGGGUGAAGUGCACGAAACGGUAUCGGGGCCAGAACGUCGCGUCAGCGUACUUAGCAGCGUAGGACGUGCAGCUAGCGUGCGUAGCAUCACCAGUGCUGCUGGCGGCGAAGGGCCUGCACCUCCGACCAGCAGACCAGGCAGCGUGCGCCCGCCUGUGCCCCGCACGUUUGCCUCACCCCCACCAUUGUCUGGGGCUACGGCUACGGCUGGGGAUGCAAGUGCAGUCACCACACCAGCAGUAGGUCGCAGCAUUCUGCGUGCCAGCACUGCCUCGCCGCCACCGCCACGCAGAGCGGUGCCCACGCCUGUCCCUCCAAAGUCCCCGUCGCCUGCAAUUCCAGGAGUGACGCCGCGAUUUGGGCUUUCCGAGGAAGAAAGGGAAGCUGCUGCUGCUACAGAAACUGAAGAGGUGCCCAUGCCACAGUCCAUCGACGCUGCUCUUGCGGGCCCUGCCCUAGCUGCUCCAAAACCGCGGAUGGCGCUUCCAGCGGAAGAUGAAGCGUUUGAAGACGACGAAGCACCCGAUACCCAGUCUGCUGCAGCUGCAGCCGUUCCUGUGGAGCCCGAAGCUGCUGAAUUACACCAACCAGAAGCAGCGGAAGCGGCCGCACAGCUGACGGAAGAGGAGGAAGAAGCGCAACGCAGGGCACGGAUCGCGCAGAAGAUGGCACGUCUAGGCGGUCAGAAGAUCGGCGGGGCCCUGCCCAUGGGUAUCAUGGGUGCCCCGAUGCCACUUAGGCGUGCGGUGCCGGCGCCGGAAGGAGUAGUGGAUACGGGAUCAGGAGAGGCCGGUGCGCCAGGCGACCACGCCGAUCUUGCAACCCCCCCACCCAAACCACCGACGCGGAAUGUUCCUGCAGGUGGGAUCGCUAUCCCUGGUCUGGUUGCCUCGCAAGUGCAGACUCAAACUGCAGCGGAGGACUUUUCUACCGUUGGGGAGCAUGUGCCUGUCGCUGAGACUCCUGAGAUGAUUCCAAGAGAUGCGGCCGCUUCCCCGGUUCGUCUGGCCAAACGGCAGUCCACCCUCGCCUCCAAAGACGUGGAGCAUCUAGAACUGGCAUCUGUCGAUCCAGCAGUCGCUAUCCUCUCUCCCAUUUCACCAAACCCACUUCCUGGAACACUUCCUAAGCCGCCUUCCCGCUCGGCACCUGUCCCAUCGGUACUGGCAGCAGCUGCCCCACUGCCACAUGAAACGUUGCAGCAUGCUGAGCCUGAGGCGGAUGCGAAUGCUGAACUGGAGACUCAACCUGAACUGUUGCAAGAGACACGCACCUCAGCUAUGCCCACAGGUGAAGCGCCUGCUCAAGGUGCAGGGAUCGGGUUCAGAUCAAACUCGCGAGACUUGGAUCUGAUGCCAAGCAGUCACUGGUGGCGUCUUGGAACCAGUCCUCUGCGUCUGCCGAUGACCGUCAGCGGUCGCCCUGAUGCUAUCAUGUUUGCUGAUACGGCAACUGCGACGAAGCGCGGUCGCACGAAGCACACAGCGGAGGUGCACGUGCUUUUCGAGGACUAUUCGCAGACGAUUAUUGAUCUGAGCUUUGAAGAGGACGAUGCCGAUGAGGCGAAUACUACAUUGACGCAACGGCAUCUUUUCCCGCCAGCCAAGCCGACGCGCGAGCUGUUGGAGCAUUUUGCAGUCAAAGCCGGUGCCGCUUUAGCCUCUGCCGCGAUUGCUAUUGGUGGUGGCAAGAAUGCAAAAGCUGUCGGCGACGGCAGCCCGCAAGCGUUCUUGCAAGCCGUGCUUCAGGCUGCCCCGCAGACGCUGCCUCCGGUUGGUACGAGCUACGGCGUGCCGAUUUUGGUGCAGGCGGGGCCGAUGGUUACUGAGUCAGGUGCGGACGACAUCAAGGUGGGCGACUUUGUCGUAUGUUACGGUGCAGAUCUAUCUGGUCGCAAGGGGUUCGCUCCUUACCAUCUGCAGAUCGGCUCGCCGAACGACCCAACGGCCGCCAUUGUUGUCGAGUAUGACGAGAAGAAACGCAAGGUGCGCUGUAUCCUCCAGCGGCGUGCGCCGGAAGAGGUAAGCAUCCGCUUAGACGACCUCAAAGCUGGCAUCAUCAAGGUAGGCCGGCCGAUUCCCAGAGAAGGAUGGAUUGAGGACUGGGCAUGACCACAUGGCCAGCUUAGUGCAGGCGGAGGAAUGUAUUUGCGGAGCAGAGCGUGCAAAGAAAUGCCCUGUUGCGAGUGAGCAUUUCUCGAUUGAUUGAUGAGCAGGAUGGGCGAAUGCUUAAGAUACAGGACAGAUCGACCGUUAUUAAAGUGAACCCCCGAAAUAGCAAGAGGGAACAAGAAAGAACCCGAGUAAGGAAGAGAGAAGGAUGAAUCAAUGCCAGGUUUCAUGAGACGGCGGCAAGGUCUAUUAAUGCAAUUCGAAAUGUGCUUUUGACUGGAAGACAAGGUUUCGCCACCUCUAAAUCUAUUAAGUAGC